UUAUCUACGUUGUCAAAUGGGCCUCACCGACACCGUCACCUCCAUCUGUCAAAUCAAAACAUUUAAGAUCAAAAGGUCGUGGUUUUAGGUGUUUCAGUUUUGUUUUUAAUAAAAUAGAAGUUCUAAAAUUACAGUUUUGAAAGCUGUAAAUGAUACAGAAAUGGGCACACUAUUUCUACUUCCCAGUGUAUUAAUAAGUCUUACAUGUAUAAGCUACAUAUAUACAGCGGAAAUUGCGAACGGGUAUGACUUUAAGAUACUAAGAAGAGUCACGACGAAUCGGCACGACUUCGAUUUGUUAAUUUUUACUCAGCAAUGGCCCGCAACCGCUUGCAAAGAGUGGAAGAAGAAAGAUCAUUCCCACUCAUGUUCUAUGCCUCCUAAAGUAGACUCUUGGAGUAUACACGGCAUAUGGCCGACUAAGCUAGGUGAAAUGGGCCCCUCUUUCUGCAAUAGAACAUGGCUUUUUGACCCAGAACAGAUUAGACCCAUUGAGGACCAACUAGAAAGUGUUUGGGUCAAUAUUUUUGCAGGUACUUCACUCUAUUCUCUAUGGUCUCACGAAUGGACUAAACAUGGAACAUGUGCUGCCGUCUUGGACAAAUUUAAUUCAGAGUUCAAAUACUUUUCAAUGGGCCUGGAAUGGUUGCAGCAAUAUUCCAUGUCCAAUAUUCUGCAAUCUAACAACAUUGUGCCUUCCAACACUCAACAAUACGCAAUUGAAGACAUAAAUAAAGCUGUGAAAGAGAAAUUAGGUGUCGACCCAGUGAUUGAAUGUAAGAAAGAAGACGGAGAGAACUAUAUAUCAGAAAUAAGGAUAUGUUUCACUAAAGAUUUAAAAAUCACCAAUUGUGAUGGAGUUUUGUUUCCUGUUGUAUAUUCAAAUAUUGAUGGUGAAUCCAUACUGACAAACUGUGACAAGUCGAUGAAGGUCACAUACCCUCAUUACGUCAGUACUAGUUGGACUGUACAUUUACACAGCUUGUUGUCUUGGUUGCGGUGGCUUACUUUGUAAUAGAGGCUUGUAUUUUUAUUAUUUAUACAAUGUAUUUAUGUGCGAUCAAAAUGUUUUGAACUUUUCUUCCCCUUAGUCAAAAGUAAAUAUUUCUAGAAAACAACCCUUCGCUGAGACCCUUAAAGUUUCAUGAAAACUGUAUUAUUUAUAGAAUGUAUUUAUGUACGAUCAAAAUGUUUUGAACUUUUCUUCCCUUUAGUCAAAAGUAAAUAUUUCUAUAAAACAACCCUUCGCUGAGACCCUUAAAGUUUCAUGAAAACUGUGUUUCUCCUUAGGAAUUUUCGUGUAUGUUUUCAAGAUUGCAACAAUUCAGUAGCCUAUAUAGUAUUAAAAACAAACAUAAAAGAUGUUAGGAAAUGAAAGUAUUACAUCAAUAAGCUUACUUUGAUUUGUUGCAUGCAAACUAAAAAAUCAUGUUAUUGUAGUAUAAAAGUUACACCUUUCCUGGUUAUUUGCCCUCACCUUUACCUAAAUCCCUAAUUUUUAAAAUAUAUUUCAAGUAAAGCAGUCGAAUAAGCAUAAUGAAAUGGAUAAAAUCCCAAGUUAUUUUAUAUUAAAGAAUAAUUUUAAAAUAUUUUUUUUAAGUAAUGGUGUUUUUAAUUAUUUUCUUAUAAUUUUGCUUUAUUAAAAACGUAAGCAUAAUAUGUACUUAAAUAAUAACUAAGUUGAUAGCAUAAAUAAUAUUAAUAUAUAUAACAUACAAUUUUAAAUGUCACAUGCUCAAUUCAGAAAAGUAUGUACAAAAUGUCUGCCAAUUUUUAUUCAAACUAACACAAGGAACAUUAAGAUAAAUUACACAUACAAGUACAAUACUGUGUAAUAAGUGUUUUGUUUAAAUUAUAUACUAAACUAUUUUUGAGUAAUAAAAUAUAUAUUGAUGCUAUAA